AUGCGACGAAGCCCAUAUACACAUGAGCCCAAACCUUUAUUGGUGUCAUCGAAAAGCACUGAAGACCAUGACGAGCAACCACCAUCUAACUCCUGGAUCGAGCAUCUUCUAUUUGUCCUCCUCAUUAUCCCUUUGACGUUAAGCAUUCUUCUGGUAUACAGCGAUGCCUCCAGCUGGCUCCUUCCAGACAACCUAUACGCUUUUGUGAAUACCAAUCGAACAUCAGUCCAGACAGGAGUCCAGAUUUUCGGUGCUAUCCUGGCAGCUAUCGAGGUCUUUGCACUUUGUCGCCUGAUCAACUUGACAACUCGUAUUCGAUUUACACAAAGUCCAGUCUCCCUGAACGUGCUUGAGUUCUGGUCAGCAGUGUCAACUCCUACGAACAACUUCUCUCUACCUUUCUGGAUGAUUGUCAUCACGGUGCUUUUCGGAAAUCUAUCUGCUAUCAUAUCAGCACUAUGGACUGGUGCAUUGACACCGGCAGAUGCAAUCGGCACCCAAAACUCUUCCCUUUUCAUUCCAGAUUGGUCCAAUAUAAGCUUAAUCAAAGAAUACCCCGCCCAGAUCGACAAGACAGGGUUGUCAAUUCGCGAGACAAAGGGUUACUUCACCUACUCAGUAGGCAUGGCGUUACUAGGCUCACUUCUAUCCUCUAUGAACUCCGCCUCCCCAAUCCACGGCGGCGUUCGCAAUCACCCCAAAUUAGACAACACCCGAUACAAUUAUCACGGCCGGUCUUAUGGGGUUGGAGCAAGUGCCGGCCUCUCGGACGACAAUCUCGUCGCCAUACCGUACGCGAGGAACUACACCUUCACGGAAACAGGCCUCGAUGCCUCCGUCGACUGCAUACGCAAUACAAGCUCGAUGUUCGUAAUCCAACUCCUUCCACAAACCACUCUCCACGCUGCUCGCGGCUUCCUCCCCGAUAGCAACCUCAGCGCACCCGAAUACUCGAUCUACAUUGGUCGAGGGAACGAGGCAAUAGUUGCGCUGGGGGUAGCAGCGAAUCCCACCGAGCACAGCGCAAAGCGGUACAUGGCCAUUGCCUCGGGGAAUUACUACGAGAAUCUGAAUCAGGUGCAGUGUGCCGUCACAUUCACGCCGACAAUAUUCAAUGUCUCAGUCGAUAUCCAAGAACGGAACAUCACCGUUCACAAAAUCAGGUCUGGAUCAUCAGCGGGGCCGGUCCAUGAUAUCGAUCCCCAUCACAAUAUAACCCAUGUCGUCAUGCGACAACUCGAACUCAUCUCCAAUGAUCUGACUAGUUACUAUCGCUCGACAUUUGGCGACGCCUUCAACGGUAGCAUUAGUGAUUACCGUACUUCCGUGGCUGGUGGGAAUCUAUCGGAAACACAGAUUGUGAUGAAGGGAAUGGAGAACGCUGUUACAUCCUUGGUCGAUGAUAUGUUGGUUGCGUAUGCCUCGGCGCAAUUGGUGGUCAGUGAAUUCCGGAAACCCACACCUGUAGUGGUUCAGGUCGCUGCUCUCCGAGUCGGAUCGCGGGAGUAUGUCAUUACCAGUGCGGUGAUUACGGGGUUGAUUGCACUUCUGGUUAUUGGGGAGGGUAUUCGAAUGCGAUGGUGGAAGGAUCUUCCGUCUUUUGAUUAUCAGGAUAACCGAGCUUUGGUUCUCGGUGCGUCUAGGGGUGGAAAGGGCAUUGCGGAGUAUGUUGAGCAGGUGAAAUGUAAGGAUCUUGGUAGAGUUCCGGUGAUUUGGAGAAAGAGCGAGGAAUCAUGGCAUCAUGGGGAAAUUGUUUUCCAACCUAUGCUGGAUGAGCCGGAAGAUGAUAUUGAGAAUACAGGAUUAGAAAGGACUUCAGUCGCUUGGAUAUGA